AUGGAGCCACCCCCGGAACUCCGAGCCACCCUUCACAUGCAACCCGACGAGGAUUCCUUCUUCAAAGCCAAGCUGGAUCAGUUGCAGCAGACCUUGCCUUUCGGCAGCCGAAAGACAAAAGCCUUCGUCUUCACCGGAAUCAGUCUAGAGCAAUUGCCUGACUACACCAUCAAGGCUAACCAGAAGGAGUAUGU